GGGCGUAGAGAUGUCCGACAUGACUAAGUAACUUCUCGACUGGGAAACUUUAGUCGUAGGCUAUGUCCUUGAAAUGACAGCUCGAGGUGUUUCUUUACACUAACAACAACCAAAGCCUCGCUGGGCCAUUUUUAUGAAAUUAUGUUGGGUCUUCUUUUGAGAGUCGUGGUGAGUCAAACGUUUUUAUGAUUCAUAAAUGCGCAAUUGUGCACCCAUAACUGAGAUCAGCGCGUUCACUAUUACUGCUGUAAAUGUGUGGGGAACCAGGUUAGGCUACUGUUAUUAGCUUAUAGUAGCCUACAAUGUCAAGCCAGGCCACUCCGCAUGUUUCCAAGAAAAUCCUAUCGAAUGGCUUGGAUACUGUAACCUAUUUACCCCAGUCUAAUAAAGACCAGAGUCUCUAUAUUAGGCUACAACAUGGAUAACGUUUCAAGGUUCAUGUCUAUAUCAAAUCAAUACUGAUAACACUUCAUUGAGGGACAGUGGGUUAAACUAUCAUACAAUAUUUUAAUAUAGACUACAGCUUGCUUUUUAGAUGUGUUUGCUGUGUUGGAAAAAGUACUCAACUGUCAUACCUUGAGUAAAAGUAAAGAUACCUUAAUAGAAAAUGACUAAAGUAAAAGUGAGUCACCCAGUAAUAUACUACUUGAGUAAAAGUCUAAAAGUGUCUGGUUUUAAAUGUACUUAAAUACUGUGGUGGAAAAAGUAGGCUAAUUGUCAUACAUGAGUAACAGUAAAAGUAAAUGCCAUGAAUCAAAUUCCUUACAUUAAGCAAACCAGACGCACAAUUUUUUAUUUUUUUUAUUUACUGACAGCCAGAGGCACACUAACACUUAGACAUAAUUUACAAACGCAGUAUUUGUGUUUAGUGAGUCUGCCAGAUCAGAGGCAGUAGUGAUGACAACGCGUUAUAUUGAUAGGCUAAGUGCGGCAAUUGGACAAUAUUGCUGACCUGCCUGAGCAUUCGAAAUGAAAGUGAGUACUUCUGGGUGUCAGGGAAAAUGUAUGUGAUUCAAAAAUACAUAUUUUCGUUAGGAAUGUAGUGGAGUAAAAGUUUUCAAAAAUGUAAAUACUCAAGAAAAGUACAGAUCUCUCCCUUCAUUGCAAGGGUUCACAGAGUGUAGUAGAACCCAGCAGCAUUGCAGUUCUUGACACACUCAAACUGGUGCGCCUGGGACCUACUACCAUACCCCCGUUCAAAGGCACUUAAAUAUGUUGUCUUGUCCAUUCACCCUCUGAAUGGCACACAUACACAAUCCAUGUCUCAAUUGACUCAAGGCUUAAAAAUCCUUGUUUAACCUGUCUCCUCCUCUUCAUCUACAGUGAUUGAAGUGGAUUAAACAGGUGACAUCAAUAAGGGAUCAUAGCUUUCACCAGGAUUCACCUGGUCAGUCUAUGUCAUGGAAAGAGCAGGUGUUCCUAAUGUUUUGUACUCUCAGUGUAAAUUCUAACCUGAAGAAGCUGUCAGGAAACUUGACAACCAAGCACACAGUCGAAACAAAUAGUGUAACAACAUACUAAACUUGACAGAGUUGUUUUGGUCUCAAGUUUCUUAGUCAUAAAAAUAGCUCAUACAGUGCCCUAGCAAUCUAGUUUUUGCAUUGGUUUUUGGAUUCAUACAGAAUUAUACUGAUCACACCUGUUUAAAUAGAAACUAAAGUAAAUGCAUGUUAAUCACUUUGUGUAACCUUAUGUCUGUUUUAUUAUGUUAUGGUUUCUGUUGCAACAGCCUGGACCCUUUGGGCUCUAUUUUCAGCUGGUGGUAAGCCAGCGCAAUUGCAAUUGCCAGACGGCAUCCCAAGCCGUGUCCUAAGAGCAUGCACAGACCAGCUGACUACAUUUACAUUUGACAUUUUAGUCAUUUAGAAGACGCUCACUAUCCCACUCUGUUGUCCCCACUUGCUUCAAUAUGUCCACCAUUGUUCCUGUACCCAAGAAAGCGAAGGUAAUUGAACUUCUGUAAUCAUGAAGUACUUUGAGAGGCUAAUUAAGAACCAUAUCACCUCCAUCUUACCUGACACCCUAGACCCACUACAAUUUGCAUACCGCUCCAACAGAUCCACGGACGACGCAAUCGCCAUUGCACUGCACACUUCCCUAUCCCACCUGGACAAGAGGAGGACUACUAACAGAGGGCCGAGCACGCCCCCAUCCACAUCGACGGGGCUUUAGUGGAGCGGGUUUAGAGCUUCAAGUUCCUCGGGGUCCACAUCACUAAGAAAUCAUCAUGGUCCACACACACCAACACAGUUGUGAAAAAGGCAUGACAAUGACUCUUCCCCUCAGGAGACUGAAAAGAUUUGGCAUGGGCCCUCAGAUCCUCAAAAAGUUAUAUAGCUGCACCAUUGAGAGCAUCUUGACUGGCUGCAUCACCGCUUGGUAUGGCAACUGCUUGGCAUCCGGCGCUACACGGCUCAGUACAUCACUGGGGUGGGGCCGAGCUUCCUUGGUAUCCAGGACCUCUAUACCAGGCGGUUUCAGAGGAAGGCCCUAAAAAUUGUCAAAGACUCCAGCCACCCAAAUCAUAGACUGUUCUCUCUGCUACUGCACAGCAAGUGGUACCGAUGCAAGUCUAGAACCAACAGGACCCUGAACAGUUUCUACCCCCAAGCCAUAAGACUGCUAAAUAGUUUGUCUGGGUAGCUAUUUGGUUAACUAUUUAACUCUCUGCAUUGACCCCUUUUUGCACUAACUCUUUUGACUCAUCACAUACGCUGCUGCUACUGUUUAUUAUCUAUCCUGUUGUCUAGUCACUUUAUCCCUACCUAUAUAUACAUAUCUACUUCAAUUACCUCGUACCCCUGCAUAUUGACUCGUUACUGGUACCCCGUGUAUAUAGACAAGUUAUCGUUACUCCUUGUGUAUUUAUUCCUUGUAUUAUUGUUUUUCAAUUAUUUCUCUUUUUUCUCUCUGCAUGGUUGGGAAGGACCCGUAAGUAAGCAUUUCACUGUUAGUCUACACAUGUUGCUUACAAAGCAUGUGACAAAUAAUAUGUGAUUGAUUUGAGGAAUAACUAUGUAAGAAUGCUGUUCAUCUACUACAGUUCAGCCUUCAACACCAUAGUGCCGUCCAAAUCACUAAACUCAGGGCCCUGGGUCUGAACCCCACCCUGUGCAACUGGGUCCUGGACCUCCUGACGGGCCGAUCCCAGUUGGUGAAGGUAGGCAACAACACCUCCGCCACGCUGAUCCUCAUCACGGGGGCCCCACAGGGGUGUGUGCUCAGCCCCGUCCUGUACUCCCUGUGCACCCAUGACUGUGUGGCCACGCACGUCUCCAACUCAAUCUUCAAGUUUUCUGACGACACAACAGUGGUAGGCCUGAUUACCAACAACGCGAGACAUCCUACAGGGAGGAGGUGAGUGCCUUGGCAGCGUGGUGCCAGGAAAAUAACCUCUCCCUCAACGUCAACAAAACGAAGGACCUGAUCAUGGACUACGGGAGACAGUAUAGAGCGCACGCUCCCAUCCAUAUCAACGGUGCUGCAGCGGAAAGGGUCAAAAACGUAAGUUCCUCGGUGUGCACAUCAUUGAGGACCUGAAAUGGUCCCAUCACACCAACAGUGUGGUGAAGAAGGAGCAACAGCGCCUCUUCAACCUCAGGAGGCUAAAGAAAUUCAGCUUGGCCCCUAAGACCCUCACAAACUUCAGAUGCACCAUUGAGAGCAUCAUGUUGGGCUGUAUCACCGCCUGGUACGGCAAUUGCACUGUCCGCAACCACAGGGCUCUCCAGAGGGUCCCAACGCACCAUCGGGGGCACACUGCCUGCCCUCCAGGACAUCUACAGCACCCGGUGUCACAGGAAGGCCAAGAAGAUCAUCAAGGACCACAGCCACCCGAGCCACGGCCUGUUCACCCCACUACCAUCUAGAAGGAGGAGGUGCAUCAAAGCUGGGACCAAGAGACUGAUAAACAGCUUCUUUCCCCAAGCCGUCAGACUGUUAAACAACCACCACUAGACGGCCUCAGCCUAGUACCUUGCCCUCUGCCCAGUAUCCUACUCUGCCCCUAAGUCACUUUCACUAGCCGGCUACCACCGGUUACUCAACCCUGCACCUUGGGACUGUUGCCCUAUUUACAUAGUCAUUGAACACUGGUCACUUUAAUCAUGUUUACAUGCUAUUUAUAUAUGUACUGCUGUACUACAUUUUUAUUAUUUUAGAAUUUUUUAUUAUUGUGUGCUUGUUUGACAUUUACUGCAUUGAUUGAUAGGAACUAGGAACAUAAGCAUCUCGCUGCACCCGUCACAACACCUGCUAAACUGUGUACGCAACCAAUAAAAUUAGAUUUGAUUAAACAUGUUGAUCCAUUAAAGCUCUUCAAACCCUAGCGCCAGGAUUGGUAAUUUAUCUGUCUUAUAUGAGCUCGCUCGCUCUGAGGUGGGAGGGGUGGCAAUAUCUGAGUUGUGCCCUUAAAAACGUGCGCCAAAGUGUCAAUUUCAGUAUGCGCUGGUGGGGAUAUUUAAGACCAACCAAAAGCUGGUUUAGCGGUAACCCGGUUGGUUAUGGCAUGGAUUUUGACAACGGCAGUGCAGCUGUGACGCACAGUGCCCAUAUGCACAUGGAAUAAGAUAUACACUACAUUACCAAAAGUAUGUGCACACCUGCUCGUCGAACAUCUCAUUCCCAAACCAUUAAUAUGGAGUUGGUCCCUUCUUUGCUGCUAUAAUGGCCUCCACUCUUCUGGGAAGGCUUUUCACUAGAUGUUGGAACAUUGCUGCAGGGACUUGCUUCCAUUCAGCCACAAGAGCAUUAGUGAGGUCAGGCACUGAUGUUGGGCAAUUAGACCUGUUUCGCAGUCGGCGUUCCAAUUCAUCCCAAAGGUGUUCGAUGGGGUUGAGGUCAGGGCUCUGUGCAGGCCAGUCAAGUUCUUCCACACCGAUCUCGACAAACCAUUUCUGUAUGGACCUCGCUUUGUGCAAGGGGGCAUUGUCAUGCUGAAACAGGAAAGGGCCUUCCCCAAACUGUUGCCACAAAGUUGGAAGCACAGAAUCGUCUAGAAUGUCAUUGUGUGCUGUAGCUUUAAGAUUUCUCUUCACUGGAACUAAGGGGCCUAGCCCGAACCAUGAAAAACAGCCCCAGAUCAUUAUUCCUCCUCCACCCAACUUUACAGUUGGUACUAUGCAUUCGGGAAGGUAGCGUUCUCCUGUCCUCCGCCAAACCCAGAUUCGUCCGUCGGACGAACGUGUUUCCACUGCUCCAGAGUCCACCAUUCCAUCAUUGCGCAUGGUGAUCUUAGGCUUGUGUGCAGCUUCUCGGCCAUGGAAACCCAUUUCAUGAAGCUCCCGACGAACAAUUAUUGUACUGAUGUUGCUUCCAGAGGGAGUUUGGAACUCGAUAGUGAGUGUUGCAACAGAGGACAGACGAUUUUUACGUGCUACACACUUCUGCACUUGGGGGUCUCAUUCUGUAAGCUUGUGUGGCCUACCACUUUGUGGCUGAGUAGUUGUUGCUCCUAGACGUUUCCACUUCACAGUAACAGCACUUACAGUUGACCGGGGCAGCUCUAGCAGGGCAGAAAUGUGAUGAACUGACAUGUUGAAAGUCACUGAGCUCUACAGUAAGGCCAUUCUACUGCCAAUGUUUGUCUAUGGAGCCUAUCCAUAAAAUGUUUCUAAAUGGUCUACUCGUGAGGCUUUUGCCGACAUGCUUUUGCAUUAUUCACAAUUCACAUAGGCCUGCCUGCAGUGCAUACUCCAUUCGGCUUGUAUCCAUCCCCAUUUCCAAAGUGCGCCUCUUGUCCAGUUACCAAAGACAUGCUCUUCCAAACAGGCUAUUCAACAUUUUCAGUCCCAUAACGCCAUAUCAACGGUUGGCCUAGGCUAUAUCUUGCUUAUUUAGAAUGUGCCUCACACAUACAAUACAAUUUACGGGAACCUAGUAUUUUUUAUUUGAGGAGAAGUGCGAUUCGUAAAGGCCUAUACUCGUUGAAGCCAAUUACAACAAUGUUGACUGUCAACACUCUAAACAUAUUGAGCAAACCAAGGUUAUUAUAGUUUUGUGAUGUUUUUUGUGAUGUUUUUUGAAAUUCAGUUUAGUUUUAGUUAGUUUUCAGACUUAAUUUACUCAUUUUUAUUUAGUUUCAGUUUUAGUGUUAGUGUUAAGGACACAAAAUGUGCCUAUGUGUGGGAGGCUAGGAGUCAUUUAUGUGUUGUAGGCCUAUAGUUUGUUUUUUGGGGAUGUCACUUCUUGCCACUGGGGGGCAGUAAUACAUAAGUUGAUUGGCCAGAACCAUAGACUUGGAUAGACAUAACAUCUCUGUAUCUGUGUCAUGAUGGUGUCUGUGAGAGCAUGGACAGCACCAUUGACGCCAUCAUCUUGAGAUAGUCAAUUUUCUUCUUCUCAAGUAAAAUUAAUUGGCUGAUCCUCCUAAUGACCCAGCUGUCACGACUCAAACCGGGUCAUCAGGAAGGAUCAGUCAAGGAAGUUGGAAGUCUUGCCCAGAGCUGCCAAUGCUAACACAGGCAUUUGGCCACUAGAGGACUCCAUAAAACUUUAUGGCAAGGACAUAAAUGAUAAAUCAAUCCUAAUGUGACUUGGAUUUAAAGAAUAAGCGCCUAGACUGGUGCAAGAAAUAUGGUGGAAGGAAACUCUCUUGCCCAUGUUUACACCAAUCCAAUUCUUUUUUAACUAAGUAAAUGUUAGAACAAUAAGUACCUUUACCUUUAUCUGACAGACAGAGAGAGGAAAAAACAACAAAUGAAGUCAUGGCCCAUUUGAUAUGUUAUGUUUAUGUAAUAUUAAACAUGAAUCAUUGACUAACCCCUUCAAAAAGUGUUAAUAAAAACAGCUGCAACAACAGCAAAAAACAUAAGCAAUACAAUACUUCUUCACAAAUCUGUCAGUUCACAGCCAGCCAGCUUGUGUGUGCGUUUCUCUUCAACCAAACAAGAUUUUCUGGCUUAUCUUCAAGAAGACUCUGCAUUCCAGAGAGGUGGUCGUUCCGUUUCUCAAGCCUGAUGACAGUUGUCCACAGACAGAGAAUAUUCUCUCCACCAACGCUUGGGAUGCAGGGACAUAAACCAGAUCCAGUGCCACUGGGCACAGUUUGCCUGCCAGAACUUGAGAGGUGAUUCUGUAAACAUGCCCCCCUUUACGUCUUCCAGGUAUUUCCGCAGCUCACAUGGGGCACUUAAUGCCCUGCCAGGUUGACCCUCAGACGCAAUCUUCGAUGCGAGGAAGCUAUAUUUCUGAAGCACUGUGGUCGAGAUGCUUGCUGGAUUCAUCGUGCUGGCAUCUUCCUGGGGUCCUGCUCCAUGGCUGAACUCUCUGAUUUUCUGAAGUACAAAAUACUCUGCUUCCCUAAUCAGGGGCUCCAUCUCUGUUGAGCGAAGUGCCAGAGACACACUUGGGUCCAUCAGGCAAGCUGCUGCAGGGGUUGGAUCGCAGUUGGCUAUCAGAGGAUUCAGUAUGCAUGCGAAGCGCUCACACAGUGACUUCAGGAGGACCUGCGCCAACUGUUUUGCAAAAGUAGUUGACCGCAAGUGUGCCUGUUUGAAGUUGGUCGGCAUGGAUUGCGAACGGCUCCAGCAACUUCACAAGCUGUUCUAGCUUGGCCCAGUCACGCUCCGUGCUCGCCCUAGGAUUUCUUCCCUGUUAGCUAGUGAUAGCUAGUGAUAGUGACGCACAAACUAGGCCUAUUUGAAACAUUGGCAUCUACUGGCAGCAUUUACCCGCCAGAUUCAGAAGCUCGAAAACCCCAUUAGAUUUUUGUCCAAAGUUUAGAUUAAAAAAAAAACAAAAAAAACAAUUGAUGAUGUUUUCUAUUUUAUUUUAGUUCGUUUUGCAGUCAAAGAUAAUAGUUUCACUAUAGUUUUAGCUUUUUAAAUGUUUUUAUUUUAUUUAUUUUUUAAGUUUACUAAAUAGUUUUUCCAAUUGUAUUUUUUAUUUUAGUUUCAGUAUUCAUUUACUAUAAUAACCUUGGAGCAAAAACAGAUUAUUUUUUUUACUGUUGCUGUCACAACCCCGGACCUAUAGCACUACCGGCAGCGCUUAGAUUUACCAUUGCGUUAGAGGGUUCUAUUUUAACAAACCUACAGUAUGUAUCAGGUUGUUGACAGUUGCUGGCCAGUAGGGCUACAAAUCAGCUCUGUGGUGUUCACCCAACAUUGCUGAUAUAUUUUAUAUGCCAAUGGGAUUAUCAACUUAAUAUUUUAGAUACUUUAAAACACAAAAUAUCAACCUAGAUACUGUAUGAAUGGUAUUUCAAUAUGUCAUAUCGAAUGCAAAACAAAUGAUUUAUUAGAAAUGCAAUGACACAGUAUUUAUUUUUUCAGCUAAGGCCGGGCUUGGUGAAGCCAUGUCGCCUGGUCAAGCCGAUGUCAGUGAACAUCCUCCCAGAGAGAUCCUCGCAUCACCAGGACAAUUUGCCCAAGCUGCCCGUGCCUCCACUAAGGCAGACAUUUGAGCACUACCUGUUGAUGCUGGAGCCCCUGCUCAGUGAGGAGGAGAUGGAUCACACACGCAAGCUAGUCAAGGAGUUCCUCAUUCCUGAGGGGGUGGGAGACAGGUUGCAGAGGAGCCUGGAGCGCAGAGCCAGCAACAAAGAAAACUGGGUGGGUACUGUCAUAGAACAGAACUCGUCACAUAGAGCAGAGGGAGCAGAGAUGGGUACUUAGUAGGGCAGAGCACUGGGUUGAUCUGGGUUGAUUGGCAGGAACAGAUACCUGUAUUAUAUCAUUUAUACACCUACAGUAUAUGUCAUGUUGAUGGUCUACAGUAUAUGUCAUGUUGAUGGUCUACAGUAUAUGUCAUGUUGAUGGUCUCCAGUAUAUGUCAUGUUGAUGGUCUACAGUAUAUGUCAUGUUGAUGGUCUACAGUAUAUGUCAUGUUGAUGGUCUACAGUAUAUGUCAUGUUGAUGGUCUACAGUAUAUGUCAUGUUGAUGGUCUCCAGUAUAUGUCAUGUUGAUGGUCUACAGUAUAUGUCAUGUUGAUGGUCUACAGUAUAUGUCAUGUUGAUGGUCUACAGUAUAUGUCAUGUUGAUGGUCUACAGUAUAUGUCAUGUUGAUGGUCUACAGUCGUGGUCAAAAGUAUUGAGAAUGACACAAAUCUUAAUUUUCACAAAGUCUGCUGCCUCAGUUUUUAUGAAUGCAAUUUGCAUAUACUCCAGAAUGUUAUGAAGAGAGAUCAGAUGAAUUGCAAUUAAUUGCAAAGUCCCUCUUUGCCAUUAAAAUGAAAUUAAUCCCCAAAAAACAUUUCCACUGCAUUUCAGCCCUGCCACAAAAGGACCAGUUGAGAUCAUGUCAGUGAUUCUCUCGUUAACACAGGUGAGAGUGUUGACGAGGACAAGGCUGGAGAUCACUCUGUCAUGCUGAUUGAGUUAGAAUAACAGACUGGAAGCUUUAAAAGGAGGGUGGUGCUUGAAAUCAUUGUUCUUCCUCUGUUAACCAUGGUUACCUGCAAGGAAACACGUGCCGUCAUCAUUGCUUUGCACAAAAAGAGCUUCACAGGCAAGGAUAUUGCUGCUAGUAAGAUUGCACCUAAAUCAACCAUUUAUUGGAUCAUUAAGAACUUCAAGGAGAGAGGUUCAAUUGUUGUGAAGAAGGCUUCAGGGCGCCCAAGAAAGUCCAGCAAGCGCCAGGACCGUCUCCUAAAGUUGAUUCAGCUGCGGGAUCAGGGCACCACCAGUGCAGAGCUUGCUCAGGAAUGGCAGCAGGCAGGUGUGAGUGCAUCUGCACGCACAGUGAGGCGAAGACUUUUGGAGCAUGGCCUGGUGUCAAGAAGGGCAGCGAGGAAGCCACUUCUCUCCAGGAAAAACAUCAGGGACAGCAAAAGGUUCAUGGAUUGGACUGCUGAGGACUGGGGUAAACUCAUUUUCUCUGAUGAAUCCCCUUUCCGAUUGUUUGAGGCAUCCGGAAAAAAGCUUGUCCGGAGAAGACAAGGUGAGCACUACCAUCAGCCCUGUGUCAUGCCAACAGUAAAGCAUCCUGAGACCAUUCAUGUGUGGGAUUGCUUCUCAGCCAAGGGAGUGGGCUCACUCACAAUUUUGCCUAAGAACACAGCCAUGAAUAAAGAAUUGUACCAACACAUCCUCAGAGAGCAACUUCUCCCAACCAUCCAAGAACAGUUUGGUGACGAACAAUGCCUUUUCCAGAAUGAUGGAGCACCUUGCCAUAAGGCAAAAGUGAUAACUAAGUGGCUUGGGGAAGAAAACAUCAACAUUUUGGGUCCAUGGCCAGGAAACUCCCCAGACCUUAAUCCCAUUGAGAACUUGUAGUCAAUCCUCAAGUGUCGGGUGGCCAAACAAAACCCCACAAAUUCUAACAAACUCCAAGCAUUGAUUAUGCAAGAAUGGGCUGCCAUCAGUCAGGAUGUGGCCCAGAAGUUAAUUGACAGCAUGCCAGGGCGGAUUGCAGAGGUCUUGAAAAAGAAGGGUCAACACUGCAAAUAUUGACUCUUUGCAUAAACUUAAUGUAAUUGUCAAUAAAAGCCCUUGACACUUAUGGAAUGCUUGUAAUUAUACUUCAGUAUACCAUAGUAACAUCUGACAAAAAAUAUCUAAAAACACUGAAGCAGCAAACUUUGUGAAGACCAAUACUUGUGUCAUUCUCAAAACUUUUGACCACGACUGUAUAGCGUUAUCAUGGCUGUUUGUGGAUGUUUUUGCAGCUCACAGAGUGGUGGAUGCAGUCAGCCUAUCUGGAUUCCCGGAUGCCAGUGGCGGUCUAUUCCAGCCCUGGGGUGGUCCUGCCCCGCAUGACCUUCCAAGAUCGCCAAGGACAGAUGAGGUGAGCAACAAGGAACCAUGUAUGUCUGAAACCACUGUACCAGCCAUUGCUACGAGAUUAUACAGUAGAUGCCCACCCUCCCUCCAGCACUAAAACAUCUUGGGGCUGUCCUACCGAUCAGUGAAAAUGACAUUUUAUAGGCUUACUGCUUCUUCAAAAGCAAGUUAGUAGAAAGUGAUUGACUUCAGUGUUGUAAUUCACCAUUGCUCUGUUGAACUUAAGAAUAAGCUUGAGGUUCAGAUGACCUUUAGACAGACUCCCCCUUCAUGCUGGCUAUUUUAAGCACAUUGGCUGCUCAUAGCAUUGCUCAGCUUUUUUGGACCGCGGUGACCCACAUACGCAAUCAACAUUGCGGACAGUGCCAAACACAUGCAGUAGAAUAUGAUACUAGCGCAGACUUCAGUGCUCAUAUGAAAAGUCAAUGAUUCAACAAUAUACUGUACUGUAAUGUACACCAUCUUAUUCACUAGACUAGAGUGACACAGACAGUUCAAUAAAUGCAGAGAUAUAGAAUCAAAGAAAAAUCCAAAGCGACUUACAGUCUGCGCAUACAUUUUUACGUAUGGGUGGUCCCGGGGAUCGAACCCACUACCCUGGCAUUACAAGCGCCAUGCUUUACCAAUUGAGCUACAGAGGAAAGAUAGACAGAUGUUUGUUAUAAUAAUCAUGGUUCUAAGUCGGACAUGCUAAGCAAGUCUGGUUGGAGAUUUGAGGACAUGGAAAACAAUGGUGCACUAAAGUUUAUUGGAGUUGAUUAUGUGAAUAGAACAUGAAAUGCUGUAGAGGUAAAAGGCUGAAUCUCAGUUGGAUGAGGAAAUACCAUAUAAGGUAUCAUACUUAAUUAAUCAAUAGGGUGGCAGGUAGCCUAGCAGUUAAGAGCAUUGGGCCAGUAACCGAAAGGUUGCUGAUUCGAAUCUCUGAGCCGACUAGUUGAAAAAUCUGUCUGUGCCCUUGAUCAAGGUACUUAACCCUAAUUGCUCCUGUAAGUCGCUCUGGAUAAGAUUGUCUACUAAAAUGUAAAUCAAUGUUUUCUGCUCAGGUUUGCUGCUAAAUUGAUUUCAGGAGUUUUGGACUUCAAACAAAUGAUUGACAAGUGAGUAAUAUGGAUAUAGAAAAUAUUAUCUAUUUUAAUUAUAUACAUCUAAUAUGUAUUUGUCACCCCAGUUGACUCUCUAACUCUGUGUCACAGUGAGACCCUACCUAUUGAGUAUUUGGGUGGGAAGCCUCUGUGUAUGGACCAGUACUACCAGAUACUGUCCUCCUGUCGUAUCCCUGGACCAAAGAGAGACACUGUGGUCAACCACGCUAUCGGGAAAGUGGCCCCUACUCACAUCACUGUGGUCCAUAACUUCCAGGUACACUAGGGUGUGCUAUUGCUUUGCUUUUCUCUCUUUGAUGCUGCUUUAUGUUGUUACAAAACAGAGAGGAAAUCAAUCACAUUGUUGCAUUGUUAGUUUAUUGGCUGUAACCCACUUAACCAGAACCUCAAAUGCUGACUAACCUUCUCCCUCUGUCCUCAGUUCUUUGUCCUGGAUGUGUAUAACAGUGAUGGCUCCCCACUGACGGUGGACCAGAUUUACAUGCAACUGGAGAAGAUCUGGAACUCAUCCCUGCAGAGCAACAAGGAGCCUAUCGGCAUCCUGACUUCCCAGCACCGCAACACCUGGGGCAAGGCCUACAACAACCUCAUCAAGGGUGAGGCCAGGGAGAGCCUUGAAUGGCAGAGAAGGGUCUUUGGAGCGCAUGGAGUGACCCACCAAAUAAACAAAACCCUAGUCAUAACCCAGCCUUGAGCCAUAACAUAAGAGUAACUGGUUGCAACCUAUCACUUUGGACACACUGUUUUGUAGAUAUUGGUCGAUGCUUUCCUCAAGGUCCUUGUAGGUUGCUCAUUGUAUCGUUUUCUUCCUUAGACAAGACAAAUAAGGAGUCUGUCCGUGCUAUCCAGAAGAGCAUAUUCACGGUGUGUCUAGACGCCCCCAUGCCACAGAUGUCUGAGCAGCGCUACCAGAGCCGCGUCGCUGCCCAGAUGCUGCAUGGUGGAGGGAGUCGCUGGAACAGUGGCAACCGCUGGUUUGAUAAGACAUUACAGGUGAGCUCUGAGACUAGAGCUGUAGAACAAAGCUUACAUCCUCCCAGAUAUUUUAUUUCAUGUUCAUAUUUUUAUUCACAAGUGUCUCUUGCAUUAUUCUACUUUAUUCAUAAAUGUAUUUUAAGUCUUAUUAUUAUAACGUUUAUUAUUCAAUCCCCAGUUUAUUGUGGGUGAAGAUGGUACCUGUGGUCUGGUGUAUGAGCAUGCCCCAGCUGAAGGCCCACCCAUUGUGUUCCUGGUGGACUAUUUGGUUGAGUACAUGUAAGGCGUUACAGAAUAUCUUUAUUUCAUUCAUUGAUUAAUGGUACAUAGCACUACCAAGGUCAUUGUUUACUAUAGAUAAGAAGGUCGGCACAGGUUGCUGGUUGCUAUGGUUGCAAUGGCUAUUUUUCCAACCAGAUCAGGUGCGUUAUGCCUGAGUGUAGCAAGCAUUUUGAAGGUUUACUAUUUGUCACGUUUAGAUAGUGCCUCAUCCAUUUCAAAAUUAUUUUUACUACCAUUUGGAACCCACUAAUCAUGACCAAGCUGGAAUCAUGACCCUGGCCUUCAACUGAAUGUGACCCUGCCUCUCUUGAAGUAUAAUGUUUGGUGUUGUUUAAACAGGGGAAGGAUGGAGGUAGUACGCGCUCCCAUGAUCCCUCUGCCCAUGCCUCCCAAACUGCGUUUCAACAUCACACCUGAGGUCAAGAAGGAUAUUGAGUCGGCCAAACAGAAUAUGAACAUGCAAGUAGAGUCUGUUUGUGUUCCUAGCAGUUUCCAUUCAAACAUAUCUUUGAAGUGUUUCUCACUCUUUGGCUACUCUUUCAUUUACCAGAAUGUCGCACGACUUGGAUGUGAAUGUGGUCUACUUUGCUGACUAUGGGAGAAAUGUUCCAAAGGCGCACAAGAUGAGUCCAGAUGCCUUUAUACAAAUGGCUCUACAGCUUGCCUACUUCCGGUGGGUUUCAUUACAUUUUUACUCUAACAAAACAGUCAACAUCUGAAACAGCAGUUGGGUUACCUUAACCUGACACAAAUGAGACUUAUUGCUGUUUCAUGUUUCAGAAUGUAUAAGAUGUGCUGUUCCACCUAUGAGAGUGCAUCCUUGCGUAUGUUUGCACUUGGUCGAACAGACACCAUCCGCUCCUGCUCCAAUGAGUCUCUCAAAUUUGUCCAGGCAAUGGAGGACCCAGCUAAACCGGUAGGUCAACUCUGAAACCUGGAUGUUGACAGUAAAUAAACACUAACCCCUGACUGUCACUCUACUGUAAUGAUGGAUGUUUAUCCCAUAUGUUGACAGAACACAGAGAAGGUGGCUCUAUUGGACAAGGCAUGCCAAGCCCACGUAGAAUACACACGCAUGGUGAGGACUUGAACUAUGCAUAGGUUUUUGAUUAAAAUCUAAAUGUACUGUAUUAAUCCAUGCUUGUACAUUUAUUUUGUGUAUGUCAUAAUGAGCAGGCAAUUCAUGGCCAGGCCAUAGACAGACAUCUCCUUGGCCUGAAGUUGCAGGCGAUUGAAGAACUGACGUCCAUGCCAGAGAUAUUCAUGGAUACAGCCUAUGCUGUGGCUGAGCAUCCCAAUCUCUCCACCAGCCAGGUAUGAAGGCUGUUUAUGUGAGAUAUUAAACAUCCCAAUAUACAACAUAUAACAGGACAAAUUGCAGACCUGUAGACAGUGGUUUGGUAAUAAUGUGUUUAUUAGGUUUGGCCCACAUUUGUACAUGCUAAAGGUAAUGUUUCACUUCUCCAGGCUGGUGCCAAGACAGACUGUGUGAUGUGCUUCGGUCCACUGGUGCCGGAUGGCUACGGAGUGUGUUACAACCCCAUGGCAGACCACAUCAACAUUGCCAUUACAGCCUUCAACAGCUGUGAAGAGACGCAUGCUGCCAACUUUGGCCGGGCUGUGAAGAAGGCUCUGAGAGACAUGAGGUCUCUGCUGGAGGACACAGCUAAGGCCAAGCACUGA